CAAAGAAGAAUGCAGUAAAUUGUAAUUAUUGCACGAUGUCGGUUGUCAACUGCUACCCUGUUUUGCUGCUUCUUGGUGUUACGUCAACAUUGGGAAUAUCAAACGUGGGAUGGUGGAAAAAUACAGCAUUCUAUCAGAUUUAUCCUCGGAGUUUUAUGGAUAGCAAUGGUGAUGGAAUCGGAGACUUGAAAGGUAUAACUUCGAAACUCGAGCAUUUCAAAGAUGCUGGAAUCGGUGGCGUUUGGCUUUCGCCUAUUUUCGCUAGUCCCAUGAAAGAUUUUGGCUACGAUAUUUCGGAUUUCAAGGCUAUUCAGCCCGAGUACGGAACUAUGAGUGACUUUGAAGAAUUAACCGGGAAAGCAAAAUCCUUAGGACUUAAAGUUAUUUUGGAUCUGGUUCCAAAUCACGCAUCGGACCAGAGCGAAUGGUUCAAAAUGAGCGUGCAGAAGAUUCAACCGUAUACGGAUUAUUUCAUGUGGGUGGCAGGUGAACCAAAUAAACCACCGAAUAAUUGGAUUAGUGUCUUUGGUAAAUCUGCUUGGACAUAUCAUCCAGUUCGUAAAGAAUGGUACUUCCAUCAAUUCCUUGCGGAACAGCCGGAUUUGAAUUACAGAAAUACACAUGUACAACUCGCAAUGGCUGACGUAAUUUGGUUCUGGUUGGAAAAGGGAGUUGAUGGUUUUCGGGUCGAUGCAGUUCCACAUCUCUUUGAAGUUGCUGAUCUUAGGAAUGAACCCAAAUCCAAUGUGACCGGAGCUUUAGAUGAUGAAUACACGUAUCUUGAGCACCUGUACACGAAAGAUCAGCCAGAAACGUAUCGGUUGGUUAAACAAUGGAGGGCUUUGCUUGAUGUUUAUGCAGAGUUAAAUAACUUAGAUGAGAAGAUAAUGAUGACUGAGGCGUACACGAGUCUUGAUAAAACCGUUGAGUUCUACGAUUCGGGUGCCCAAGUACCAUUCAACUUCAAGUUCAUUACAGAUGUCAACAACACCUCACCUCCGAGUGAAUUCAAGAAAAUAAUUGAUCUUUGGAUGGUAGAAGCUAACAAGAGAAAUGCGACAGCAAAUUGGGUGAUGGGUAAUCACGAUCGUGUCAGAACUGAAACGCGAUAUCCCGGUAGAGGUGAUCAGAUGAUGAUGCUUGAAAUGAUACUUCCGGGUGUUUCCGUGACAUAUUAUGGCGAAGAAAUUGGAAUGGUGGACAAAGACGACAUAACAUACGAAGAAACUCAAGAUCCACAAGGUUGUCUGGCUGGCCCCGAUCGCUACAAGCAAAGAUCUCGAGAUCCGUGUAGAACUCCUUUCCAAUGGAACACCGCAAAAAACGCAGGUUUCAGUACAGGUAAUAAGACCUGGAUACCAGUGAACGAUAACUACAAAACUUUGAAUCUCGCCGCACAAAAGUCAACCUCUGUGUCAUGGUUCAACUUAUUCCGGAAUCUUACAAUGCUUCGAAAAAACUCACCGGCUUUAAGUAGCAAAAAUGUUGAAUCAAUUGUUUCAAAUAACGAUCAAGUAUUAACAAUCGUAAGAACGCAACCGACGAAUUAUCCUGGACGUAACUAUACGGUUAUUCUGGUCCUGAAUUUUAAUUUAACUCAAGCACAAACUGUUAACUUGACCAAUAUAAUCCCUCAAGCUGGUGUAGCGACAGUUACGAUGGCAACCUUGAAAUCUUCUUUACAGCAAGGCGCACAAGUAAAUUUGGCGAAUCUUCGACUUGGACCGAAAGAUGGACUUGUCCUUGCAAUUAAUUAAUGUUAUAAAAAACAUACUGAAUUUCUUCCAAGAGGCACAGUCAUACCAGCCUCACUUCAUUGACAGAUAUUCAAUGGUAUAUAUUAUAAAUUGAUAAUAAAUUAUGAAUCCGUUACGAAUGUACAUCGAAUUAUUUAUUCGACGCGCACCACGUACAUGCUUUCGGCAUGUCAACAUUGCGUCGACAUAUUUUUACCAAUAAAAAUCUUCUCUCGAGGGAAAAAAAUUCGGACAAGUACAUUGAGGAUCGUCCGUUUCCGCAUUAUAUCACAAAAAUUGUAUAAAAAUUCAAAUACACUCCAAAAACACUCCAAAACAUCCAAAAA